AUGAAGCUAACUAUUUCAGAAGUUAGGACCUUCCAUCCAGUAAAAUAUUUCAAAGAAAACACGGAUAGUAUAAAUUCAUUAAGUUUUACGGAUAAUGGCGAGGCUGUAAUAUCAAGUAGUGAUGAUGAUCAAAUGAUCAUGUAUGACUGCACCUCUGGGACUCCGAAAAGAACAAUAAACAGCAAAAAAUAUGGAGUUAAUCUCAUUCAAUUUACCCACAGUCCUACGACUGCAAUCCAUGCGUCAACCAAAGUAGAUGACACAAUCCGUUACCUGUCCCUCCAUGAUAAUAAAUACAUUCGGUACUUUCAAAGUCAUACUAAAAGGGUUGUCUCUCUUUCCAUGUCUCCAGUUGAUGAUACCUUUCUCUCGGGUGCUUUAGAUGGUACUGUUCGACUUUGGGACUUGAGAUCUCAGAAUUGCCACGUAGGCUUUAUGUUAAUUUUUCUUUUUAUUUCAAUCUAA